AUGGCAUGGAUCCGGUCAAGUUGCUCUUCCGACAACUCCCCAGCGAGGGUGGCAAACGGCUUCUUCCUAGGCGGCCAAAGAAUCAACGGCAACCGUGAAGGGAUCGGCUCAGAAUUCGACAAAGAUGACAUCUCGUUUGAAGAGAGGGAAAAUCCGGUGGAUCCAGCCGUUGUCGAAGAGGUCGUCAGCCGAGACAGAUUUGAUUUUGGUAUAAAAGCAAUCAGGCUUGGCUUCAGAGAUGUCGAUCACGGGCUUCUCUUCGAAAUCCGCCCCCAACUUGUCGAUCGAUCAAUGAGGAUGAAGGAGGGAGAAAUGGAUACAGCCCGAUACACCUCCACUUUUGGGAUACAGAGGGGUGAAGAAACAGCUGUGAUGGCCGCCCGAGCUUCACUGAGCUCGUUCAGCAAAAGAGAUCUAGAGCUUGCGACCAUGGUAUUUGGAGCUUCUUCGAGCUCGCAACCAGGGAUCCUCGAGCUUCGUCGAGCUCAGGGUUACGAAGUGUUCCUGAGUUUCAGAGGGCCAGACACACGCAGGGAUUUCGCAGAUUUCCUGCGCACCAUGUUGACUGAUGCUGGGAUUCGCGUCUUUUGGGAUGAGAAAGAGCUGGAGGGAGGUAAAGAAAUCGACCGCCAGCUGAUCCAAGCGAUCAAGCAGUCAGAGGUAUCAAUACCCGUCAUCUCUAGGGAGUACGCAUCCAGCAGGAGCUGCCGAAUGGAAUUGGAGCAAAUGGUGGAGUGCAUGGACAAGAAGAAUCGCAUCAUCAUCCCCAUAUUCUACUAUGUCGACCCGUCGGAUGUUCGCCACUGCAGGGACCCUUUUGAGGGGGCCUCUGAUGAGCUCAAUAAUCGUGACAGAGAUGGCGUGUUGUUUAACUCCUGGAAUUCUCAUGGCGAAGUCAUAAAGCAAAUUGUCCGCGAAGUUGAGCAGAAGCUGAAGAAGAGGGACCUAAUUGUGCCGAAACAAUUAGUUGGAGUCGAUCCUCAUGUGCAAAGGAUAAUGGCAAAGCUGAAGGUUGUCUACUGCAAUGGGGAAGCGGGUAAAAUUGGAAACACACGUGAAAAGGUGUUAAUACAUGGCAUCCCUGGGGUUGGUAAGACGGAGCUGGCGAAAUGUGUUUAUAACAAACUUAACCUUCUCUUUGACGCCUGCAGCUUUCUUGAAAAUUUGCAAAAAGAAAUUAGAGAUCACGGCAUCGUGUCUGUGCAAAACAGACUAAUUUCCCACGUCCACAAGGGAGUAGCCCGAAAGUUCGAUUGUUCUGACCAUGCUCUGAAACAUAUUCAGGAAAGGUUUCGCCCCACGAAUGUCCUUCUUCUCCUUGAUGACGUGAAGGAUCAUGAACAGCUCAGUGCAUUAGUCGGAGAGCUUGAUUGGAUGAGCCAGGGGAGCAGGGUCAUUGUGACAUCCCAAAGAGAUGACGUCCUCAAAAAACACAAGGGUGCGGAAAAAUUUUGUCUUAGAACAAUGCAACAAGAUAAAGCUCUGCAAUUAUUCAGUAGGCAUGCUUUUGAAAGGGAUUCUCCCCCUGAGAAAUUCGAGGAGCUGUCAACAAAUAUCGUUGCUGCUACUGACGGGCUUCCUUUGGGGCUCAAGAAGGUGGGUGAGUUUCUGUGCGGAAAAAGCAUAAAUGUGUGGAUGGAAAAACUGAUUCAGUUGAAAGAAGCUCCAGAUAAGAGUGUCCGAGAAGCCUUCCUUGAGAGCUAUACCACCCUAGAAGAGAACGAACAGCAGAUAUUUCUUGAUAUAGCAUGCUUCUUCAACGGAAAGGACAAGAGAAUCCCCUAUUACAUGUGGCGUGACCUUCAGUUUUCUCCUUCAAUAUCAAUUCUAUCUCUUUGUGCCAUGUCUUUGGUAGAAAUUGGAGAGGAUAAAAAACUACACACGCGUGCUAUACUGAAGACCUUUGGCAGGGAAAUUGUCAGGAGUGAAAACAAGAAAGAACCUUGUCAGCGCAGUAGGCUGUGGAACCACGAAGAGGCACUGGAUGUACUAAUAGGAAGGAAGGGUACGGAGCAUGUUGAAGCCCUCAGGCUGGAGUUUGGUGACGGAUAUAAAGGGAAAAUCCGUUUUGAAUGUAAUCAAUUUGAUGGUUUACAGAACUUGAGGUUCCUUAAGCUGGAUCGGGCUGAUAUCCGGGGAAACUUUGGGAAUCAUUUUUUUUGGAGAUUAAGGUGGCUUGAUUGGCAAGGGUGCCCUGAGAUUUUUGAGGAUCAUUUAAAUCUGAAUUUGCAAAACCUGGUGAUUCUUGAUUUGUCAGGAAGUCUGGUUCAUGGAAACUGGAGUGGUUGGGAGCUGCUCGCAGAGGCAAGGAAAUUGAAAGUUUUGAACUUAACUGAUUGCGUCCAUCUGAUUGCCACUCCAAAAUUUUCUGCUUCAAUGGAGUUGGAAAGACUUAUUUUGGAAGGUUGCUCUAACUUAGCAGUUAUCGAUCCAUCACUUGGUAAUCUGGAGGAGUUGGUUUCUUUGAAUAUGAAGGGAUGCAGUCUCCUCCGUCAAUUGCCAGAUUUGGGUCCCAUGAGAGGCUUGAAAGAGCUGGUGAUCGAUGGAACUUCCAUUUCUCAGAUAAAUGUCCAAGAAGGUUCCAUGAAGAUUCUCAAAUUUCUCAGUGCUCGAAAUUGUAAAAACCUGACUGAAGUAUCUGAUUCGAUCAAGUACUUAGAGUCUCUCAAAUAUCUUUCUCUCGACAGCUCUAAAAUCGAUGCCCUACCAGAGUCCAUUGGAUCGCUUGCGGAGCUGAAGACACUCUCUCUAAAGAACUGCCGGGGGCUAACUAAUCUUCCUGAUGGAAUAGGAAGGCUCAGCUCACUGCAAUUGCUGGAUUUAUCUAACACUGCGAUUAUGAAGUUACCAACGUCAGUCAAGGAUUUGAAAGCUACGAAAGUGUUGAAUGGUACUUUCAUACAGAAUUAUCCCGAAACUACUCUGAAUUCAGAGAACCUGGUAGAGAUAAAUGUCUCGUUACGCCAGGAAUUAGAGGGGGAGAUCCACUUCGACCUUGAAAGAUUGUCGUCUUUGGCAAUCACGAACCAAAGAUAG